AUGGCGGACUUGGAUCUAAGUGAAAACUUUAUUCACGGCGUCCAGGACAGGGCUUUCUCUGGACUCAAUGGACUGAAGACCCUGAAUCUUCGCGGCAAUAGGAUCGUCUUCGUCACAUGGAAUACCUUCACGGGUCUGGCCAGUUUGCGAGAGCUGCGGUUAGGAAGAAACCCCAUCAUGUGCCUGGGAACCAACACGUUCGCGUACCUCCCCCUGCUGCAAUCCCUGGAUCUCGGCGAGCUGUUUCAUCUAAAUGCCAUUUCCAAAGGAGCAUUCAGCCGCUUAUCCAGAUUGCUUUACUUAAACAUUAGUGGAUCGAACCUGACAGGAGUGCCUUUUCUGGGCUAUCUGCACAGCUUGGAGGAGCUGGACAUUUCCCACAACGCUAUAAAAGCAAUUACGGGGAAUGAUUUUCAAAGCGUUUCGACACUGAGAAAAUUGCUUCUAUCCAACAACGGUCUGUCCGCGAUCGAGAAGGAUGCGUUUGACGCGCUCAAGUUCGUGUACAAGUUGGACCUGUCCGACAACAACUUACGCGGGCUGCACAGAGGCGUGUUUAAGCGCAUGGAUUCCUUAGCAAAGGUCAAUCUGAAGAGAAACCCUUGGAAAUGCACGUGUAGAUUGACGUGGUUGGCGAAAUGGCUGCGGGAACACAUUCACAACGAGUCGCAGAGGGUGUGCGGGGCUUGCAAAUAUCCCAAAACGUUACGCGGGCAAUAUCUGUGCACCGUUCCGCUUGGGAACUUGACGUGUGUGGAAACUCCCACAGGUGGAGCGUCUGGCUCCUCAAAUGUCACGUCUGACGAGGAAGAGAAAUCGCGGUGCGUUCCGGGGCACGUGCCGAGCUCGCACGAGGUGUCCUCCAACGGAACGACGGUAGUCAAAGGCUCGUUCAGAGUCCGCGUGGCUCUGUCGAGGCACCGGCCGCAGGGGUCGGACCCCAACGGUUCCGACUCCGUGCCGGUCGUCUACAGGUGCCCCACGGAAAACUCCGCAGAGACGGAAGAAUUAACAAAGAUUUCUGGCAUCAUUCUGCCCGUGACACCUACACGGAAAACGCUGGGUACUGACUCUCUACCGGAGGAUUUUGACGUGAAAAUGUGCGCGAAAAUGUUCGGUUUUAGUAUCGACGCCACCAAAGGAUCGCCUAUUCAGGGGGACGAGACAAAGCCUAACGCGUUCGAACAUGAUCACGAGCACGUGGACACCACAAAAUCGUACUCACAACCAACCACGAACUCUGACUAUGCCUCCCAGGAAGAUGAGAGAACUAGCAGGAACACGGAAUACAUUGUCGGGGCUACAGUUUGCUUCAUAGUUCUCGCUAACCACACCCCGACCACCAGCCAACCACACCACGACCACAAUCCAACCACACCCGGUACCCCGACCACCAGCCAACCACAUCCCGACUACCAGCCAACCACGCUCCGACCACCAGCCAACCACACCCCGACCACAAUCCAACCACACCUGGUACCCCGACCACCAGCCAAACACCCCCCCCCCGACUAUUAG